AUGGCUUCCUCGCUCCUCCUCGGGCGUCCAUGUCCUGCUGCUGCUGCUGCCGCGGGACCUGAGAGGAGGAGGAGGUGGUGGUGGCUGGCGGCGGCGGCGGCGGAUAUGGGUUGGAGGCGGGGAGGAGGCGCGGAUGGCGUGCCCAGGAGGUGGGUGCUCCUGCUCUGCGUCGGGAGCUUCUGCCUCGGCCUGCUCUUCACUGACAGGAUGUGGACUUUGCCUGAGGCAGAUGAGGUAGAAGUACCAAAUUUAAGAAGAGGGGAAGAGGCUGAGCGUAAGACUGGAGACUGUAAUGUACGCAAAGUUCAAGGAAACCAGGAUUACAAUGACAUGUUACGUAUCUCGGAUACUCACCAUAAUUCACAGACUUUAGAUAAGACAAUAGCGAACUUGGAGACAGAGCUCUCUGCGGCGAGAACUCUACAAGAUUCUUUUCUCAACGGAUCUCCAGUGCAAGAAGACUACAAGGCUUCUGAGUCUACCGGUAGGCGCAAGUACCUUAUGGUAAUAGGUAUCAACACUGCUUUUAGCAGCCGCAAGAGAAGGGAUUCUAUCCGCAACACCUGGAUGCCUAAAGGGGAAAUAAGGAAAAAGCUGGAGGAAGAAAAGGGGAUCAUAAUUCGUUUUGUAAUUGGUCACAGUGCUAUUUCAGGUGGAAUUGUCGAUAGAGCAAUUCAGGCAGAGGAUAAGAAACAUGGAGACUUCAUGAGACUGGAUCAUGUUGAAGGAUACCUUGAACUGUCAGGGAAGACCAGGACAUAUUUUGCAACAGCUGUUGCUUUAUGGGAUGCUAACUUCUAUGUGAAGGUUGAUGACGAUGUACAUGUUAAUAUAGCAACACUUGGAAAUAUCUUAUCCAAACAUAUUUCAAAGCCCAGGGUAUACAUUGGAUGCAUGAAGUCUGGCCCUGUCCUCUCUGACAAGGAUGUGAGGUACUAUGAACCUGAGCACUGGAAAUUUGGGGAAGUGGGUAACAAAUAUUUUCAGCAUGCCACGGGUCAACUAUACGCUAUUUCAAAAGAUUUGGCAGCCUACAUAUCGCUAAACAAGCAUGUUUUGCACAAGUAUAUCAACGAGGAUGUGUCUUUGGGAGCUUGGUUGCUAGGGUUAGAUGUUGAGCAUAUUGAUGACCGCAGACUAUGCUGCGGCACUCCACCUGAUUGCGAAUGGAAAGCUCAGGCUGGGAACACCUGCGCCGCCUCAUUCGAUUGGAAAUGCAGUGGUAUCUGCAACUCUGUGCAGAACAUCUGGGUGGUUCAUAAGAAGUGUUCAGAAGAUGAAAAGGCGCUGCUGACCGCUUCUUUCUAA